UGUCGAAGGUGCGUAAAAGCAGGGUGAUUAUCUAUGUGAUGAAGGGAUUGUACAAGGAGAACGUGGACAUGAACGCAAAGAGCCCUGUGAUGAUCUACGGCGACGGCAUGACCCAGACCGUCUUCACCGGCGAUCAUAGUUUUGGGGAUAAUUACACCACCUACAACAGUUACACCCUUGCUGCAAAAGGUCCGGGUGUGAUUCUGCAAGACCUUUGCGUCCGGAACACGGCGGGAGCGGCGAAGCAUCAGGCGGUGGCGCUGAUGGUGGGGGGUGAUAAGUCCAUCAUAAACCGGUGCUUCCUCGACGGCUACCAAGACACUCUAUACACCCAUUCCAAACGCCAAUUCUACCGAGACUGCACCGUCACGGGAACCAUCGACUUCGUAUUCGGCAACGCCGCCGUCGUGCUCCAAAACUGCACCCUCGUGGCCAAGAAGCCCGGCCCGGCCCAACAAAACAUGGUGACGGCCCAGGGCCGGGCUGACCCGAACCAAAACACCGGGAUUUCUCUCCACCUCUGUAACCUCACGCCCAGCCCGAAACUGAAGCCCGUCAUCGACCGCUUCCCCACGUUCCUGGGCCGCCCGUGGCGCAACUUCGCCAGAACCAUGGUUAUGGAAUCUUACAUCGGGGCCCACAUCAACCCCGCGGGGUGGCAUGAGUGGAGCGGGACGGUCUUCCUGGACACGUUGUGGUUCGGCGAGUUCUCUAACCAUGGCCCCGGGUCGGCUACCAAGAGCAGGGUAAAGUGGUCCACUUUUCACGCCAUUUCCGACCGCUCCGUCGCCUCCAAGUUCACCGUCUCCGGGCUUUUGCAGGAUGAAGAAAAAUGGGUUAUCCAGAGCGGCGUGGAUUGCAUGGAGGGUCUUCUUCCUCCUCGUAAAAUCAAUCAGACAAAUGUUAAUAGUCAUAAAGAAGCUACACCAUUUAGAACAAGAAGCUUUAAGUUUUAUAAUGAGUUAUCUAAAAUAUAUUCCAAAGAUCGUGCAAUUGGAAAAGAUGCACAGACAGCAGACGAUGUAGUUGAAGAAAUACAAGCUGAAGAACAAAAUGAUAUAAGAGUUGAUACAGAUGAUAGUACAUUUGUUGGUUUGGAUGAUUUUGAUUUCAUGAGUACACAGGUUGAGCCACAAAAUGAUGGAAGAAAAAGAAGCAAUUCAAGUAAGAGAAAAAGGAGUACCGAUGAAGCUAUCGAGAUAUGUGCUGAGAGUAUGCUUAAUGCUGCAAAGCUAAUAAGCAAUACAAUGUCAGAAGUUGGUAAGAACUUGUCUGAUGGCCUUCAAUAUGAUCGUGAUAUGGAUAUGUUUCAGAAGCUUGAUCGUGUAUUACAAGAGGUUGAUGGUUUGACUUUAGAUGAAAUGGACCUUGUUUCGUUAAAGCUCACUGAUCAUCCUAAUAAAGUGGCUUUUUUUCUCAGUCUUCAUCCUGAUGGAAGACUACAGUGGAUCAGAAGAUUUCUUGCUGGCCAUUAA